UGCGGUCAUACCAUUCUCCACCAGCACGUGUGCGGUGUUUUUUGUAUUUAAUUUUUAAUUUAUACCGAAUUCUAUGAGAAUAAUUAGCCGAUAAUAUAAGCACAAUGGCCAUACAACCCAACCGUCGAAAAAGGAAACACGAAGAGCCCGACGCGGACCACCAGGACGACGGCGAGGUAGCGGUGCCCAAAAAAGUUCCCAAAGAGUCCAACACUCCAAAGAAAAAGAAGGAUAAAUCAAAGAAAAUCACAGAAGGAGAAACGGAGGAAAACCCGCCAGAAACUAACGGAGCAGAAUCAGCAGACUCCACACCAAGCAAGAAGAAAGGGGAAAAGCCUGAAGCAUCAACUGAAAAUGAAGCGCAACAGGUGAAUAUGGAGGUAAGCGAAUCUCCUUCCAAGAAAAGCAAAAGGAGAAAGGAUAAGCAACAGGAUGAGGACGAGGUUAGUCCCGACUCCGGCAUUGAGCCGGAAGAGAGCCACCCAAAAUUUCCCAAUGACUUCAAGAUGAUGCAGUUCCGCACGAAGCUGCGUGGCAAUAACUUUAUUACUGAGCUGCGGCACUUUUUGUUCAUGGUCACCACCCGGCCAAAAAUCGUGGCUAAGUACAUUGAGAAGCGCGGGAAACCCUUGGAGCUGGCCGAGGCUUUCGACAGAAUCGACAAGAGCAAUCUCUUCCAUGUGGACUAUCUCACCGAAGCGCUGCAGCGUGUCGUCAUGGAAAUACUUACCAACCAAAAGAGUCAUAUGGAGUCGGCUGCGCAUGGCUGUCGCUACUUCUUGAAGGCCCACGGCGGAGUGCUUGAGAAUCUGCUGCAGUCGUCGCGACCCAGUCAUCGGCGCAAUGCCCUAAAGCUGCUGACGGCGAUUGUGUGCGUGGAGCCUCAGCUGGGCCGUCAGGUGCUUAACUCCUACGAUGUCCUCUCCAAUGUGACUGUGAUGCAGCAGAUGUUAUCGCACGCGAAAAACGAUUACCAGAACGAGGAUACGGUUCGCAAGGCGUACAUACACUUUAUUUUGGCCUUCCUGGUCGAUGGAAAUACGUUGCUUAUCCGGAACAUCCUGGACCGAGGUCAGCUAAUCGGCGUGCUGGCUAAAGGAUUGGUCUACGAUGACCAUGUCACUGCCUGCGUGGUACUGAACGCCUUGAGGCAGUACGUGCUGGAGAAUCCCGAUAUUCAGAAGACAAAGAAGGUAUUGGUGUUCGACUUGGAAUGCUGUAAAAACCUGCGACGCCUUUAUGACUGGGAAGGACCGAACGGCCUGCCAGCACUGUUUGACAACAAAAAAGGGCGAAAGCAACCGCCAAACGAACAGGAGGCAGAGGCUGUCUCGGCUGCAGUCCACGAACUGCUUCUGAUGCUGCUUACUUCUCGCAAGCACGGAAUUUGCUUUGAUGCCAUGACGCACUAUCGCCAGAAGCAGAACAAGCUGCAGGGCAAGGUGCUAGGUUCGCUGUACAAGCCCUACAAGAACCCCCGCAAAAUGGAGCUAGUCUUGCAGACGUUGAAGGCGUGUCCGGAUUUGGGACGUAAUACCGUGAGAAAUUGCUCGUUGCUGCUUAGUCCUGUCAGGAGUACAAUCGAGGAAGUGCCCGAUGCAGCGCUUUUCCUGGCUCAGGUCAUCGAUGCUGUGCCUCCCAGUGCGCUCUCAACGGCUUUCGACAAGAUGACACUUACGGACUUCAGUUUCUGGAUCAAGGAGCUGUGCCUGCCCAUCGAAGCCUUGAUGCACAUCACGGGCAAAAGUUAUUUGAACCAUGGCGAAUUCCGACUGAGAUUUGCAGUGCAACGUCUCCUGCUCUCCAUGAUGCGGCAGUACAGCAACUAUGUGCGUGCCAUUGCCACCCGGGAGCAGUCAAAGAAGGCGGGCAACUCCCUGCGCAAGUUUAAGUUUGAUUUGCUCAAUCAUUUAAUGGUCCAUUUCCCGACAAUGGAAUCCAUUUUGUACUCCCUUUUCCUGGCCAUCAAGCAGCAGAAUCAGGAGGGAGUGGAUGUUCUGGACUGCCUGUCAGUUACCUUAGACCUUGUGUUGCUGAUGUGUAAGGAGAACCGGGCUUUUGUGAAUAAGACCAGUCAAAUCCUAGAUUAUCUAAAAGUUCUGAGCCCUUUGUACCAAACCAAUUUCGAUGAGCUUAGCCAGCCGCAAGACAUCCUGAAGAUACAACUGGAAUUAAAGUCGAUCAAGACCAUCUUGUUGCUGUUUCCGCGCAGCUUGAAUCCCAAGGAGAAACUCUUUGAGAGGGUUUUCCUGUCCUUCAUCAAAGCCUACAUGCUGGAGGAUGUGGCCAUAAAAUCAGAAGCCGGCAACAUGCUAAACCGUCUCUUCCACAAUACGGGUUUGUUUGAUUCCUGCCGCCACGAGAUUAACAUCUGGCUGGAAGCUCUUAUUGGAUUUGAAUCAGGCACAGUGAGCAAUGUAGCGAGAAUUCUGUUGACAAUACUCGGCCUGGAUUGGAGGCAGAUAGAGCUGCCGGAGCUGACCGUGGCGGAAACAGCCAUCAACACCAAGAACCUAAGCAAACUGUUUGCCCAAAUCGAGCAGGGACAAACGGUGCAGGCAUAUGUGGAAACCCUGACCCUGAGCAAGAUGAUGCCGCUGCUUUUGAAGGGAGUGAAAAUAGUGGCACCCUAUGAUGCCUACGUGGAGCUAGUCUUUCUGCUCCUCUUCCACUAUCACAGCAAGCCGGAAUGCGUGUUUCAGCUGUACGAUGGUCAUCUAAAGAAUCACAGCGAUUACAUGAAGAGCUGGCUGCCCGGGCAUAGGAAGGAUAAACCGAAGAAAUUACCAGCUAUCCUGGCCAAGAAAUGGCCGCUGCUAAAUCAAAUGCACACAGUACUCGCCGAGGAAGAUCCGCAAUCUUUUGAUCACAUCUUUAAGGCGGAGAGCCCCGAAAACAACUUUGAGCUGCAACUGGGCGAAGGUCAAACCAUGAUGCUGGACUCGAGCCUCAGUAACCCACGUCGCAACAUGAUCUAUGUCCAGGACCUGCUCUUCGUCUUUAGCCACCUCCUUUCCAGUCAGCGACUAAGUAAACUACAGGCGGAGCUCACCGCUGAUUAUCUUAUCAAGUUCCUGCAAGUCGCUAAUCAAGUUGACGGCGGCAAGGAUGAGCCCGAGGGGGAGGACGAUCAGGAGCAGGAGGAAACGUAUACACAAAGUCUUUUGCACUACAUUUACAGUAUCCGUCUGGAACAACUGCAUCCUACCGAACUGAUGAGCGAGACCAGCGAAACGCGCUUGAACUACGUCAUAUUCCUGCGACGACUAACGGAGUUCUGCAGCACCUUGCCACGUUUCGAGAGCUACUCGACAAACUACAAAUUGCACUUAAUCAAAGCGUUGGAUAUUGCGUUGGACACAUCGGUGGAUAAGCUGGAGGAGCAGCAACAGCUCGUGGAGUGCGUGGCUCUGGUGGACGCCUUCGAAUUGAACUCCAGCGAGUGCUCCCAGAUGCUGAAUCUUCUCACAACAAAACUGCAAGCCAACGACUUUAUGCCGAGCAAUAAGCCCAAUCAUUACUUUGACCUGCUACUUCGCCUGCUGGGACGACUGACGAAGCUGAAGGAGCCCAUUGACUGCCGAAAGGCCUUUAAGGUUUUGCUGAACUUCUACAAGAAAUUCUGUGAGCUAAGCGAGCAGCAGCUGGAACCCAUGGAGGCGGCUUUGCUGCAGUUCCUGGUUCACUACCAUCACCACCUGGCCGAAUGCGAUGAAGAGUUUUUCUCCUGUUUUUUUACAGCCUCUCGAAAGCUGAGCAAAUCCGCCAUCCGUCUGGCUAGUUUGCUUUUGGAACGUCAGUCCUCGUUAGCAGAGAAGUUUACGGAGCUGCUGCCCAGCAAUUUGGAGCAAAAGGAGCUGGUGUAUCCCCUCCUGGACAUUGCUUUGACUAAAAAGUAUCAAAUACCUCAAGCGGUGUUGCAACGCUGCUAUCAAACCUACAAGAACGGUUUCAUGAAGAGCAUUGAGAAGCCCCAGAAGGCAGCCCUCAUCUACCGAGAGCACCCGGAGGCCAGUGCCUUGCUCAUCGCCCUGUGCAUGCCCAAGUCGGAGUGUGUGGAUUAUUGCCAGAAGCAGCUGAAACUCGACUCUGUGGAGCUCUUUCAGGUGCGAGUUCUGCGGGAGAUCUAUUGGCAGGCCUUUGCAUCCGCCAAGGAUGAAAAGCAAAAGGCAACCGUAUUCGUCAAUUACGUAAACCUCAAUGUUCAACUGAUGGCGCUGGAUUUGAAGAAGCAGGCUUUGGACUUGCCCAAGCUGGAGCAAAUAGCUUGGAACUGCUACGAGUGGUGGGAUAUGAACCGUGAGAAGGAUCUUCCUCUGGAUUGGAGUCGCUUGUUGAGCAACCAGCAAUGGAUGAAUUUCUGCAAGAGCUGCUUAAAGCUGGCUCUCCACCUCGGCGAGGACCGACAAUCAGUUCAGGAUGAAACUAAUGGGCUUGUGCUCAAGCUACUGGCCUUCCUCUGCGACGGAAUGUAUGCGGAUUACAAAAUGGAGGAGCCGGCGGAGGAGGACCCCACCACAGCCUUGCUUUACGAAAUGAUUUGUACCCAUUCCUGCUGCUUUGACCACCUCUUGGGAGCGCCUAGUGACACUAAGACCCACCUUCUUCAGCUCAUGGAAACUCUGGCCAGAAAGGCACCCAGUGCACUUCAAUCGGCUCAUGUACCUGUUAUCUUGGGAUCGUACCAUGCGAAGCUCUCUCCCUCCGAUCGCUACGGACUGGCGCUGUUGGAACACUACGAACGGUUCGACGUGGGUUUGGAUCAGUUCAGACCCUUUAUCUGGGGCGAGAGUGCCGUGGCACACUAUGCCUUGAGAGCAGCCGAUGACGAUGAACGGGCACGCUUGCAGCAGCAGGAAACCAAUGUGGCACAGGUGCUGGCCCUAAUUGUUCGUGAGACUAGCGAGUACACUAUCCAGAAUUUCCCCAUUUGGAGGAGCCUACAUGCCAGCCAGCAGUUGCCUGCGUCGACGUUCCAGAAUCCUGCGGAAAAAUCCCACAAUUUCGGCGACAAUCAGCUGGAACAGAUGGUCGAGCAGGGCCGUGAAGACUUCCCCCAGGAACUGCGUCGCAUCUGCCCGAAGCGUGAGAAGAUCUACGAGACCUGCUACGAUCCCGCCUUCCUGCUUCCCCUGAUGAUGCACUGCUUUGCACCGGAGUCCGUAGUCUGGGCUCGCUGGCCGGUGCAGAAUGGAUUGCUGGCGGUUAGCUUCUGUGGACUAUCCUCGCUGGACAAGGAUAUGCGCCUGGCGGCGGCCAGUUGUCAGCAACGCUAUCGCACCCACUUUGAGCUCUCCAAGUUCUACGAGAAACCACUGUGGACGCAGGCCUACGACAACAUCCAGGCUGGACUGAGCGAGCUGAGAAGCACAUGGCUCGCACAGAGGAGAACGCAUGGGGGAACUCCAAGAGUGCCUCUAAUCCCGGCCCUGUUCAUCGCGCACAGCUUCAACCUGAGCACAGAGCCAACACAUCUUCUGUACAAGCGACUGAUGAUGUACCUCCGGUUAAAACAGAGCUUCAACUUCCAGACCAUACCCGACUUCAAUGUGUUCUUCUACUCCCAGGAGCCGGAGCACCAUCAGUACCGUGAGUUCAUCAUUGAGGUGCUGCGGUGCGGUAUCAAGUGCAGCGCUGAUCUCUUCCUGCUGGUGUCCACCAAUACUUUUAAGGUGUUGCUUGGAUUCUAUGGCUCUAGUUUGGCCACGUUAGAAACGAAUCUGUUGUUGCUAUCAGUGCUAUCAACGUGCGUGAAGAUCCCUGGUGCAGUCAAAAUUAUGCUGGAGCACGUGGGCAUACUGUCCUGGCUGGUGGGUGUCAUCCGCGACACAGAGUUCCAUCGGUUCGAUAUCAUCGAGGGCGUCAUCAGCAUCAUUAACAAUCUGUGGUAUUCCGUGGCUGCCGCGCGGUCAGAACUGCCAGACUACGACCAUGUCCAGUUGCGCCUGUAUCGCCUGGUGCUGCAGCUUUUGCCGCUGCUAUCGCCUCGCAUUUCAGUGCCGGGCUUGGGACGCCUGCUAAACGUGCUUUGGAAGACUGGCUCGGCCAGCGGUCAGCAUCGCGCUUUGUCCGCUGCCCAACUGGAUGUCCUCAUCGAGUGCUUGGCCCGGCAGUGGCCGGAUGAGCUGGCGGGAGUGCGUUACGUGAAGAGCUACGGCGGUUCGGGCGCCUCUUCGCGGUCGGAGUACUGCGACUGGCUGGCCAGCGAUCAGAAACUAGAUGGUCAUGCCGUACUCGCACUGUCCAGCCUGCGGGAAUAUGUCAUUGAUUGGUGGCAGGCUCACAACCAGGACGAGAGCAAGGAGGAGGAAAAGGAAGUGCUGGUGGAGUCAAAGGAGUAAGUCCUUUUUUAAUAGUUUUUGCACUAGGUUAAGCUAUUGAAUUGUGUUUAUUGUAUAGGCAAAAAGAGUCUUCGAUUUAUUAAACUGUAUGCAAUGAAAUCUUCAGCGU